GCCGCCUCCCUGAGGAUGGAGCCCCGCGGCGGCCCUGGGACGAGCCGCCCGUCCCGGAAGCUGCGGUCCAUCUCCCGCUCCCUGAUGCUCUGCCACGGGAGGGCCAGCGAGGACAGCUCCAGCCCCGAGGAGGGGUUCCCCGGCGCCCCGGGGCGCCGGCGCCCGGCCACCCCGCUGGACGGCGCGGCCCAGCCCGGGCCCCCGGGCCUCGCGGACCUCGCGCCGGCCGCGGAGGCCGCGGGAAGCACGCACGGCCGGAGGACGCGCUUCGCCAAGGUAGGCCGGGCGCUGGGGGCCGCCUUCGGCCGCGCUUCGGCAUCCGGGCGCCAGCGGAACCGCACGCCCGACGGCAGCGAGGGUGCGGCCCCGCCCGGGUGUGACUCGGCCUGCACAGCCUCCUCAGCCUCCAGCAAUGCCGUGGGUUUCAGAACAGCAUCUGGAGGGCCCUCCGCAGCCACGCUGACAAAAAGCCUCUUCAGAGGGGUGGAGGUGCACGCGGCCCAGGGCCGCCAGCUCCCGCCCGAGGCCGUGCGGGGUGCGGGGUCCAAAGCCGGCCCUGGAGCCAGGACGCCCAGCGGCACCCGGGUCGGAGUCCGGAGGCAGAAUGCUAGGCGGCCCUACAUGCAGCCUGUGGAUGCCUGCAAUGUCCAGCCACAGGCCGGGGUGACGGGCGCCAGCCCUUCCGAGGCCAUCUUCUACCCACAUCUGCGCACGUGCCUCGGCGUCUCGGUGGCUAACGUCACCCGGCUGCGCUCACUCGCCGGCCGGGCCUCCACGCUCGGCCUGCGGCGUGGUGGCCUAGGCAUCCCUGGCGAGUGGGAAAUGAAGUCCCUGGGCCGCAGACCUCUUCCUGCCACAGAGGAGCAGCUCUGCCCCUUCUACAGCGCGGCCCAGCCCGGCCUCCCCCCUGAUCGCCUGGCCACGGACCUCCGCCGGCGGGCCUCUACCCCACCCGGCCAUGCUGCCGCCUCCACCCGAAGCCCCAUCCCCACCCUCUAUGCAGACAAACCCCGGCCCUCCCGAUCCUCAGGCCCAGCGGCCGGGUCCUUUGCUGCUUUGCAGGAAUCUUCCACGGCCCCCUCUAGAGAAAAGCCGGGCGGAGCCGAGGCCCAGCGUGGUCACUUCCUGUUUCCUAAGGCCUGCCACCAGCGGACACGCAGCAACUCCACCAGUGUUAAUCCGUACUGCUCGGGAGAUGACUUCCCAAUGACCAAGAAACCGGCGGCCGCUGCCGACCCGCAGCCGCACCCUCUCUGCAGCACCAGGAAGUCGCUCUCUCAGCAGCUGGACUGUCCGGGGGCACAGACGGCGGGAGCCUGGAGGCCCACGCGGUCGCUGAGCACGGUGCAGCUGGGGCAGCCCUGGGGGCCACAGGCCUCUGUCAUCUCCAACGUCGUGCUCAUGAAGGGCCAGGCCAAGGGCCUGGGCUUCAGCAUCGUCGGGGGAGAGGACAGCAUUUAUGGCCCCAUUGGGAUUUACGUCAAAACCAUCUUUGCAGGGGGAGCUGCGGCGGCGGACGGAAGGCUACAAGAAGGUGACGAGAUUCUGGAGCUCAACGGGGAGUCGCUGGCUGGGCUAACACAUCAGGCUGCCCUGCAGAAGUUCAAGCUCGCCAAGAAGGGGCUGCUCACCCUCACGGUGCGCACCCGCCUGACGGCGCCCCCCGGGCCCGGCCGCCGCCCCUCGCCCCCUCUCUGCCGCUCCCUCAGCUCCAGCUCCUGUGCUGCCGGCGACGGCCCCCCCUUCCCCCCAGAGAGCCCCGCCAGGCCCAACUACAGAGUCAUGGUGGAGGUUUCGCUGAAGAAAGAGGCCGGCGUGGGCCUGGGCGUCGGCCUGUGCAGCAUCCCCUACUUCCAGUGCAUCUCCGGCAUCUUCAUCCACACGCUCUCGCCGGGAUCCGUGGCUCACCUGGAUGGACGGCUGCGGUGUGGCGAUGAGAUCGUGGAGAUCCGCGAGGCCCCCGCGCGCUGCAUGACCCUCAGCGAGGUCCACGCCGUCCUGAGCCGCUGCGGCCCCGGCCCCGUCCCCAUCGUGGUCAGCCGGCACCCGGACCCGCAGGUUUCCGAGCAGCAACUCAAAGAAGCUGUGAUGCAGGCCGGGGAGAGCCUCAGGCUGGGGAAGGAGCGGCAGCCGUGGGUCCUGGAGGGAGGGAAGAGGCUGGAGAGCAGCUGGCACGGGCGGCCCACGGUGGAGACGGGGCGGGAGAAGACCUCGGCGGCCGCACAGCGCCGGGCACAGGCCAUGGUCCGCUCCAGCAGCGACUGCAGCUGCAUGGCGGGGUCCCCCGGGGGAAGCCCCUGCAGCGGGGGCUCGGAGCCCCCGUCCUCGGGCCGGGGCAGGGAGCCCGGGCUGCCCCCGGACAGCCCCCCGCUCCCCGGCAGCCUGCACACCCACCCUCCCCUGAGACUGAAGAAAUCCUCUGAGAUUUUGGUGAGGAAGCCAACGGCCUCUAAGCCCAAGCCUCCUCCCAGAAAGUACUUCAAGAGCGACACCACGCCUCAGAGGAGUCUGAAAGAGAGAGAGAGCCUGCCAUGUGCUUCCUGGCACACCCUGCCCACCUGCCGCCAGGAAGCCAGGGAGCCGCUGCCUGCACCACCUCAGCAGGAAGACACCGUGGGGAGAGGCCCUGGGGCCACUGCCUUCGGCCCAGGACCUGAACUUGGCCCACAGACUGAGCCCCCCACGGAGGGCAAGCCAGGGAGAAGGGCCGGCCCAGUGGCCAGCGCGUCUCCACUAAAGCACCGGGUACUGAGGCGGCAGGUGCGGGUGGACCACGGCUUUGAGCCCACAGCUGAAGACCCGUGGGUGAGGAUUUCCGACUGCAUCAAGAACUUAUUUAACCCCGUCAUGAGCACCAGCCACAGCCGCGUGCCACGGCAGCCCGGCGACGGGCUGUGCGGAGAGGACGGGACGCAGGGCCACCCCGGCGAGGCCCUGCCCACGGCGGACACUGCCAACGGCGGGCCCAAGGUCCACACGCCAGCGGACAGCAGCGGCGUGAAGAGAGGGCCCCCCGUGGCGCCCAAGCCAGCCUGGUUCCACCAGAGCCUGAGCGGCCUGCGGAGGCGGCAGGAGGUCCCCCCGGCCGGCCAGCCCCAGGGGACUCGUGCCCCAGCCCCUGCCACCUCCAUCAAGCAGAGGAUCAGCUCCUUUGAAAACCUGGCCUCCUCUCAGACACCUGACAGAGCUCAGAGGCUGAGCCUCCACCCCUCCUCCGGGGAGGCCCCCAGCCCUUCCGGGAAGCCCGAGGACGGGCGGCCGCCUGGGCUUUGGGGGCCAGGAGCCCCGCUCUCUGCCACGCACAAGCAGCCAGAGCAGCUGCCCCAGGGCCUCCCGGAAGCCUCACCAUCUGGUGACCCAGCUGUGCCUGCGUCCCCGACCCCAGCUCGGCCGCCUGGCCGGGAAACCCGGGACUCGGGCUCCCGCCCGAGGCCGCUGUCCUCAGAGGCCGAGGACGCCCAAGGUCCAGCCCUCAAGAUGCCAAGCCAGCGGGCACGGAGCUUCCCCCUGGCCAGGACCAAGUCUUGUGAGGCCACGGCCGGGGCCGGGAGGUCCGGUGAGCUCUACGCCAUCAGCAGCCAGGUGUCCUCCGCCGUCAUGAAGUCCCUGCUGUGCGUGGCGUCCCCUGCCCCUGGCAGCCAGGCCGCCGCCCCCCCCCCGGAAGGGGCAGCCCCCCGGCCGGCCUCCAGCCAAGACGCCCCUGCAGACGGGCCUGCCAACGCCGCGGCGCCGGACACCAGCUUCUCCCUCAACCUUUCUGAGCUGAGAGGAUUCACGGAGGGGCUGGCCGCGCCCUCGGAGGCCUGCUGCGCCUCUCAGCCCUCUCAGCCUGGCCAGUCGGUCAUCGCCCUGCUGAGCCCGGCGGAACUGAGACAGCUCAAGGAGGAAGUGAGCGCCCUGGACGAGGCCUCGCUGAAAAAACUAGACAGCAUCCGAGUCACAGUUCUGCACAAGGAGGAAGGAGUCGGCCUCGGGUUCAGCCUGGCAGGGGGUGUGGACCUGGAGAACAAGGUGAUCACGGUUCACAGAGUCUUCCCUGGGGGCCUGGCCUCCCGGGAGGGCACGAUCCGGAAGGACGACGAGGUUCUGUCCAUCAACGGCAAGUCCCUCAAAGAGGCCACGCACAGCGACGCCCUGGCCGUCCUCCGCCAGGCUCGGGACCCGCGGCAGGCCGUGAUUGUCACCAGGCCGGCGGAGGGGCCCACGCCGGACCUGCACGGCACAGGCUCGGCGGCCAGCCAGGCUUCUGCAGAGCCGGCAGGAGCCACCGUCCUCACCGUGACCCUGGAGAAGACCUCUGCAGGGCUGGGCUUCAGCCUGGAAGGCGGGAGGGCCUCCCUGCUCGGGGACAGGCCCCUCACCGUCAACAGGAUUUUCAAAGGGACCACCUCAGAACAGAGUGACACAGUCCAGCCGGGAGACGAAGUCUUGCACGUGGCUGGCACUGCCACGCAGGGCCUCACGCGGUACGAGGCCUGGAGCGUCAUCAAGGCCUUGCCGGAGGGGCCUGUCUCCGUGGUCAUCAAGAGGAGGAGGCUUCCGUCCAAAGCCGCUGUGGCUGCUGAAGAUGCCUAGGCAGAGGACUGCUCGUGGGGGCGAAGCCAUGCUGAUUCCCCAGACCCCCCCCCCCCCGCAGUGUGCGCCCCACGG